AUGCCUGCUCUAGCAUCCCUCGGACUUUCCCUCCCUCGUCGCUCUCUGUCACUGCGGCACUUUCCACAGUUGGCACCCCGAGCUUCCUCUACCACCGCAAAACCCACUCCCCGAGCGGUCACUAGAGGACCUGUCCCCCGGCGUCCAGUCUUCAAGGACUCUUCCAAACCGACUGUAUCAAAUUGGCCAUGGCGUCAGGUCAAAGCCGAUACACCACACGGAUUUGAGCUGGAACGGACGCUGUUUGCUCGGCCGCCCGACAUGAAUCCAAGGAUGUUGUCUUUGAUCACUUGUGUGAUGGGCUUGAUCAUUAUGAGCUUUGUGAUCAUGCCCCCAAAGAAAAAGAGAGAUCCUACCCCCGAAGAGAUAGCAGAACUCGAAGCGAAAGCAGCCGAGAGCAACAUUUUCUUCCAGUAUGGCGUCAAAAUUGGCUCAUACAUCUUUCCUUCAGCGAACGCGGUUUUGGGUACCGGCUUUGCGGCCACGCUCAUCGUGGCGCAUCUUUUUGCCAGGAGAAUCAUCACACGCCUCACUCAGGUCCAAUCCGCUCCCAAUGGCCCCAUCUCCCUGCGCAUAACCACUGUUGGGCACCAGGUCUUGGAUGGUACUAUGUUUGCUAUGAAACCUAGAAAAGUAGAAACGAAGGACUGCAGUGUCUAUUUCCUGGAUCACGAAAACGCCACGACAGUUAGACUACGUGUUCUUCAACCCAACGGUCUUCCCUAUAGGUGGACACUCGAUCGCUACGCCUAUAGUCUUGAUUUCCGCAAGCUGAAGGACGACUUCAAAGCUGAAGGUCAGGAGAUUGUCCUCUCGGUGCCCAGAUUGGACUACAUCUUCGGAAAGGUUGGGCAAGGCACGCCCCGGUAUAGCAGCAGGAAGUAG